UGUUUUGGUUUCUUUUCCUGCUGAGCCAGGCUGGCUGGCAGCUCCCACCAUGAAGCUCCUGAAGGCUGCUGUGAUCUUUGUUCUUGUGCCCACCCUGACGCCGGCUUUUGACCCUCUCAGCGCUUCGGUCGUUGCGGGAAGCGCUCUCAUGGCUUGGCAUCUCUUGUCCUCCGACUCCUGGCUCAAGUGCCGCUUCCAGGAGUGCUGCAAAAGGAAUAGCACUGUGAACUUCAAAGCGCUGAAGGCGCAGCUGGACAACAGGCUCUUCGGGCAGCACCUGGCCAAGGACGUGGUGCUGAAGGCGGUGCUGGGCUUCAGCAACAACCCCAGCCCCAAGAAGCCGCUGAUGCUGUCGCUGCACGGCUGGGCCGGCACCGGCAAGAACUUCCUCAGCCAGAUCCUGGCGGAGCAGGUCCACCCCGCCGGCCUGCGCAGCAAGUUCGUGCAUCUCUUCCUGGCCACCCUGCACUUCCCCCACCACGACCAGGUCAAGCUGUACAAGGAACAGUUGCAGAACUGGAUUCGAGGCAAUGUCAGUGCCUGUCCCUCCUCUGUCUUCAUUUUUGAUGAGAUGGACAAAAUGCAUCCAGGUGUCAUUGAUGCCAUCAAACCCUUCUUAGACUAUUAUGAGGAGGUUGAUGGAGUGUCUUACAGGAAAGCCAUCUUCAUCUUCCUCAGCAAUGCAGGUGGUGAUUUAAUUAACAAAGCAGCUCUUGACUUCUGGGCAAGUGGAAAGCGCAGAGAAGAUAUUCAGCUGAAAGACCUGGAGCCCUUGCUCUCUGUAGGAGUCUUCAACAACAAGAAUAGUGGGCUGUGGCACAGCAGCAUCAUUGACAGGAACCUGAUUGAUUACUUUGUCCCUUUCCUGCCCUUGGAGCAAAGGCACGUGAAGAUGUGUGUCAGGGCUGAAAUGGCAGCCCGUGGCUAUGCUGUGGAUGAGAAGAUUGUUCAGGAGGUGGCAAAUGAGAUGACCUACUUCCCCAAGGAGCAGAGGAUCUACUCUGACAAAGGCUGCAAGACUGUACAGGCCAAGCUGGAUAUUCAUGAAGACUUUGUGAUGAGAGAUACGAACACCAGGGGUUGAUUUCCACUUUGAGUCUCCACAGCACUUUCAGAGCUUUUGGAAAUAUGUGUAUUUGCACUUACACUUUUUUACUGUUGCAGGGAGUAUGGUGAAAAUACCAGAGUGAGCUGUAUGGGCUUUGUAGCUUGUGUGUUUGGUUGUUUUUUGGGUUUUUUUUUUUUUUUUUUAACUUAACAUAGAAUUGGGACUUAGAGAUCAUCUAGUGACAUCCUCUGCCAUGGGCAGGGACACCUUCCAUGAAUCAGUUCACUCAUUGUCCCAUCCAGCCUGUUCAUCUCUGAACUGGCUGGUAUCCCAGUGUUGCCCCCUUUAGUUUUCUUUUAGUCUAUAGAGAAUUUCUAGUGUGACACACAGCACUGGAUACAGCCUCUCCUGCUUUAUGCUUCCAGUGCUGGGAUUAUGAAGUAUUUAAUUCCUCUUUCCACAUAAACUAGAUUGGAACAAAGGAAAACAGAGGAAUUUUUCCAGAUAGUUUGUACUCCGUUCCAUGUACACAGUCCUGUUCACAUUCCCAGUGAAAUGGAGGGAUGUGUGCUGUGUUCUGAACUGUGAUCAUGUCUGCAAGGGUGAACUCCUUGGUGCAUUGCAGUAAGAAGAUGAUAUGGUAGAAAUCUUCCUGUGCCUCAGCUGGAGCACAUCCUACAUCUCCUAGUACAGUAAUAUGGGAAGUCAUUAUGAGCUCCUAGAACUCUGUUAGUAAAUAAUGGAGAGAGGGCAGGGGAAGAGGAAGUUAGAGCUUGCCCCAUCUUUCUUUGGGGAAAAAUAAAUUGUUAAAGUAUUCUUUAAAGGGACUAAGUAAAUUUGUGACUCCAGGUCUUCCUAAACUGAGGGACCCAUCUGAUAGAUCUGUUACAACACACUAGGCCAGUCUUUUAUACUUAAGCAGAAAAAUCAAUCAUGAGAAUUCAACUGUUGCAGUUUGUCAGAUUAAUCUGUGUGGGCUCCUGGGCCUGAAGCCUGUGAGGUCUGUAGUAGUCCCUCCCCGCUGCUCCUGCUGGUCAAGGUGUGAAUAAUGCUGCUCUCACCUUGCUUGGAAGAAACUUGAAUGGAAGAAAUUAUUUUUAAUAGUGUAUUUUUAUGCUGAAAUGUAAGCAACAGCAACAAGCCUAUACCUCACUAGUUAGGUAUGUUUUAUAAAAGAAUGCCUGUGUGAAAGGGUGAGUGAUGAGUUAAGAAGCUGGGAAAGAUCAAUUUAACCUUUACCCAGUGGGGAGGCUGGGUUUAAACGCUGUUGCAAGCUUUAACUCUUAGUCUCCCAUCACUUGUGUAUCGAAUGUUGUAAUGCAAGACAGAAGUGCCUUUCACUUUGUUGGUUGUACUGUGGUUUUAAAUUGCUACAAGGGAGGGGGCUGUUUUUAUGCUGCAUCAUCUAUUCCCUCACUUGUACUUAAACUUCCUUUAAGAGGUAGUGCUAAUUAUAGGUCUCAUUACAAUUAUGUUAAUUCAAAUUACAAUAGAGAGUUUAGUGCUCAUGUUAAGUUCUAAAUUAAAAGUGUUGAUUGCCUUUUACAGCCCCACUGGAGUUUGUCAAACGUUGGCAAACUGUUCACAGUGAUGCAAUCUCCAGAGCCAAACACUAGCAAGCCAUUAACCUUGGGACAUUGGACUGUCACUUUUCAGUGUGAUGUUUUCCCUACUGACUGAUUUAUUCGUACUUGUAUAUGCUGCAUCCAGUUUCACUUACUCCAAAAAGAAAAUAUUUGUGCUAUUUCAAAACACUAAAUACUACUGUACUGCAGUUGGAAUAAAUCCUAAGUUACUUCUUU